AUGGCUUCCUCCGGCUCACUCCUCCCCGCCCUCCUCGUGCUGCUCCUGCUCACAGUCGCCGCCACCGCGUCGACGACUACGACGACCUUCGUCCGGGCGGGCGCUCCUCCGGCCGAGCUCGCCGAGCGGCUGCAGGGAGUGGGGCAGCAGCAGUGCUGGGAGAUACUGAUGGACAUCAGGUCGUGCACGGGGGAGAUCAUCCUCUUCUUCCUCAACGGCGAGGCGUACCUGGGGCCCGGGUGCUGCCGCGCCAUCCGCGCCGUCGAGCAGCACUGCUGGGCCGCGGACGCCAUGCUGUCCGUCAUCGGGUUCACCCCAGAGGAGGGGGACAUGCUCAAGGGCUACUGCGACGCCGGUGACAGCGGCGAGGGGCAGCAGCGUGGUGCUCUUGACGGCGUUGCAAGUGACGGCGCCGUGGCCGCCGCUGCCGGAAGGAAGGGGCUUGGUGCCCCGUGAAGCUGAGAGUCUGAAGUGUGUGUCCACGUCCACCUGUAGGUUCUCGUGAAUCCUGUGAUGCUUCAUGAGUUCAUGUAAUCUUUGUUGCGAAGCUGGGAGGCGAGUGGUUUCUCUGGGUUUUGUUCGUGUAACCCGACCCGAGUUGGCUAUCGCUAACCCCAGCAAGGCUCGAAUAAU